AAGAAAAUAUGGAAAAACGAGCAGAUCCAUAACCCGAUCCGAUCAUUCCUCCGUCGUCCUUGCGGACGCUCCGCUCCCGCUGCACGACACCGACGCCAUGGAAGAGCUCCCGCCGCCGCUCUCCGAUACCCGCUCGAUUCGUCGCUCGAGAAGCGUCCCUCUCUCUCCACCCAGUUUCUUGACCCUCGUCGCCGUCGCCGCCGUCGUCCUAGCCUCGUUCUUCGGCAGCGCCCAGGGCAUCAGGUUCCCGAAUCGGAUCCCCGACCCGGCCGCCGGCUCGCCGACCCGACCCACGAGGACCGCCGUCUUCGCCCUCGGAAGCUUCUGGCGGUCCGAGGCCGUCUUCGGCUGCCUCGGCGGCGUCGUCCGGACCGCCGUCGGUUACGCCGGCGGUUCCAAGCCCAACCCCGAGUACCGGAGCUUGCGCGAUCACGCCGAGUGCGUUCAGGUGGAAUAUGAUCCUAGAUUGAUUAGUUACAGGCAACUUUUGGAUGUCUUUUGGUCUAGUCAUGAUUCAAGGCAGGUUCUUGGGCAAGGUCCAGAUGUUGGUAACCAAUACAGGUCAAUUAUCUUCAUAAAUGGAACUGAAGAGUCCAGGCUAGCAGCCCUCAGCAAAGAAAGAGAGCAAACCAAGUCCAAGAGCAGUGUUGUCACUACUCAAAUUCAACAUCUUGAAACAUUUUAUCCUGCGGAGCCUGAACAUCAGAAGUUCGAGCUCAAGCGGAAUCCCCUCCUCCUCCAGCUGAUGGGAAACCUGCCUGAAGAGGAACUUCAGAGAUCCCGUUUGGCUGCAAAAAUGAACAGUUUUGCAGCUGAGCUUUGCCCACCUCACAUUCAGAAGCAGAUUGACGUGAAGAUCGGCGAUAUCAUCAGAAAAAGUUGGCCUCUCUUAAGAAAUGUGUAGUUCCUAGAUUAAACAAUAUAACAAUUGUUUCGGAUGACAACAAUUCAUCAGUCCAUUCCGCGCUAGGAGCUGUAAAUCCAACUUUUCGAGAGGAAAUCAGAUAAUAUUUGAUGAAAUGAAACUGUAACUGUCCUGUAGAUGUCACCAUCUUUUUGUACCUGCAGUAUGUUCGUCGGAUCCCAUGUAGUUUUUCUGUGGCACUUCUGGCAAAGACAAUCGUCCUGCUAAUCAUGCUCUGUAUUACUGAGCUUUGCUUGUAUUA